AUUACCUAUAUUUUUUGUCGCUUAUAUAUAAAAGAAAAUAAGUUUACUUUCGUGUUUGGUGAACAUUUAAGUACUUAUAGUGCGAAUAUGGUCUUAAUUUUUGAUAGUGGAGAUGCUAAAUUGAAUGCCGCUGUUAGGGGAUGGCUUGAACGUGAUAAGAAUCCAGUAACAUAUAAAGAAGUGGAAGAUGCCAUUAACAAUUCGAGAUGGACUACACUCAGGAAGACAAUGUUACAGCGGCAGAAGUUUGGUACAGCGGGCCUGCGAGGUCCCAUGGGAGCUGGUUACAUGUGUAUGAAUGAUGUUGUGGUAUUACAAACAGCACAGGGCCUUUGCUCAUAUGUUCAAAAAGUAUGUAAUCAAAAACAACUACAAAAUGGAGUUGUUGUGGGCUUCGAUGGGCGAUAUAAUAGUCGCAGGUUUGCUGAACUGACGGCGAAAGUGUUCGUAUCUGCAAAUAUACCUGUCCACCUCUUCUCGGAAGUAUGCCCGACGCCACUGGUCUCGUACGCUACAAUAAUGUACGGGGCUGCUGCUGGUGUCAUGGUAACAGCGUCCCAUAACCCUAAGGCGGACAACGGGUAUAAGGUGUAUUGGAGUAACGGGUCUCAAAUCACCACUCCCCAUGACGAUAAUAUCAUUGAAGAAAUAUGGACUUGUUUAGAUAUACCUGACGAACAUUGGAAGAUAGACGGUAUAAGGAGUCACGAACUCGUUAAGGAUUGCUUAGAGGAAGUGACGACAAAAUACAUGGAGUACAUAAGGUCUAGCUUAAGCGAAGAACUCCUCGAACAAAACAGAAAGGCGGAGGUUCGAACCGUGUACAGCGCGAUGCACGGCGUCGGCUACGAUUUCAUCGUAAAGGCAUUCGAAGCUGCCAAUUUAAAGGCACCAUUGAGCGUAAUCGAACAGCAAGACCCGAAUCCGAAUUUCCCGACGGUGAAGUUUCCGAAUCCUGAAGAGAAAGAGUGUUUGGAUCUAAGCCUUAAGCUAGCUCUCGCUAACGGCGUUAAGCUGGUCCUCGUCAACGACCCGGACGCCGACCGGCUGGCGGUCGCGGAAUACGACGACGAAUUUAAAUCCUGGAAAGUGUUCACGGGCAAUGAAAUGGGAUCGCUUCUGGGAUGGUGGCUCCUGCAGCAACACUGCGCCAACGGCUCCGCGGUGGGGGAGGACGAGGUGUUCAUGAUAGCUAGCUACGUCAGUUCCAAGAUGCUUCGCGCCAUCGCUAAAGGGAAGGCACAGUUGGUGGAGACGCUCACUGGAUUUAAAUGGAUGGGCAACGUAACCCUUCUCCUGCUGCAACAAGGUAAAAUCCCUCUAUUCGCUUUCGAAGAAGCGAUCGGUUACAUGUGCAGUCACAAAGUCCCCGACAAGGAUGGAAUUUCAGCAGCCGUGCAUGUAGCGACUCUGGCGUCGAGCCUAUAUUCCAAGGGAUCUUCUCUACUAAAUCAGCUGCAGGCUCUGUACGCUGAAUAUGGUUACCACAUUUGCUACAAUUCUUACUUCGCUUUUGACGACUCGUCUGCUAUUCAGAAGAUAUUUAGUAGAAUCAGAAACUACAACGGUCCAGGACAGUAUCCAACGAAAGUGGGACCAGUCGAGAUACUGUCCAUUAAAGAUUUCGCUGCGGGCGUCACUGUACCCGACGACGGCAAUAAUAGCAGCGGACAUUUGGGCUCGGUGGGCACGGGGCUGGACGGCGACUACACGUGCGGCGAGAUGGUGGCGCUGCAGUGCGCGGGCGGGCUGCGCGCCGUCGUGCGCACGAGCGGCACCGAGCUCAAGGUCAAGUACUACACCGAGCUCGUGCGCCGCGCGCCGCGCCGCAGUGAACAAGAAGCAAUAAAAGUCGAAUUUGAGAAGAUUGUCAAAGAUUUUAUCCAAGAGUUAAUUCAACCCGCGGCAGUAGGACUGCUAUGGAUAUAAUAGCCGAGAUUACCCGAAAUACACCGAAUAACAUAUUGGUUCCGCACAAUGUCUGUCAUAAAUAUAUUUAUAUUAUUAAAAAAAAAUCAAAUUUAUUUUUUUAUAUAUAUACAUAUAUUUUUGUUUUACCAAAGGAUUACUUAAGUUCUGUGAUAAAUAUAUUCUCACAUAAUUUGUUAAACAAAAUGUGAUAAUUUAAUUAUUAACAAAAUGUUAUUUUAAAUGGCAUAUUAAUUUAUUAAUGUACAAUUUUAAGAUAUUGACAGACUUUAAAU